ACGAGUUGCCAGCGAAAGUCUGUCGCUUGUGAUGGAUCUCAAUGCGGACAUAAACGAAGCAGAUCCAAACAGGAAGCAAUUCACACUUUGCUCAGAAUGUCAUCAAGUGGCAAUGGAGAAACGCAUCAACAGGCUAGGUGUCCUCUGCUGUCUCGGUGCGUGGUGGAUGUGCGGUCUUGGAGUAUUUUUCUGCCUAAUGAUGCGUUCUAACUUUUGUAACAACUGUUACAAGGAAAAGUUCCUCAUGAAAGCUCACGAACGACGGCGCUUGCAGCUUUAUAUGGACGAUCAUUCAUUGUGCGAACCACCGGUCGGUACUACUGAGGCAGUUCCACGCAAAAGGCUCGUUAUACAACCAAAGUGAACAUCAAAAAGAAUAAUACCACAUUGUUUAUACAAACCAUGUUAUUAUGAGAAGACAUGCACAUAUA